CAAUGAAACCAUAAUAAUUAAUGAUCAUAAUUUUAUUUAUAAAAUAAUAUAAUUCUAAUGUUAUUGAUUUUUUUUAAAUCGUAAAUUAAUUAAUUUAAAAACUAUAAUAUAAUUAUUUAUUUUACCUUCAAGCAAGUCAGAACCAUAUUGUUUUGUUGCUAUUAUGUUGGCCUUAUUCAAUUUACAAAGCCUAUUAACCAUAAUCAUUUUGUCCAUAUGUACUUGCACGUACUUGCGUCAACUAGUACCAAGCAUUAUCGAUCGGAAUAAAGUGGGGCCAAUGGGCACAUUCUGGAAGCUAGCUAGAAUUGGUGAACGUAAAAGCCCAUAUGUGUCGUUUUGUUGCUUUGCAAUGGCAUUCAGUAUAAUAUUUUGGACCUAAGUAUACCAAACAAAAGAAAUAAAAGAAAAAUGCGGUUAAUUUUUUAAAAAUUAUUAUAAAUGUAUAUUUUUUUAAUGGCGUAUUUUGUGUAAUUAUUAAUUGUCUAUUAAAUUAUGUAUGUAUAUAUUUUAUUUUUACUUUUCAUAAAUAGUACAUACAAAAACAUUUACCAACGUUAAUCAACAGUACAAAAACAAUUUUUUAGUGUGCUUAAAAGUUGCUAGGAUUCAAUAGUUAAAUUGGACACUAGUAUAUUUUAUUAAUAUUAACACAUGUUUUGUUCAACGCAUAUGUAUCAUACAUAUAAAGGUACUAAUAUCCUAGAUAUGGAUAUUUAAGUUUUGCACAUAAUAUUCUUAUUAUAGUAUUAAUAUAUUGUUGCACAAAUAUUUGAUUUAACAACAAAUGAUUGUACAUAAAGCAUUUAUUUUUAAUACAGAUUUAUUACAUGGUUAAAA